CUGUCCGAGCUGGGCCUCCGUGGAUAGACUCUACUGCAACGUUUCGAACCCCUUCUGAGCGUGCCAAAGCCUGCAAGCUGUGGCUGCACCAUGUUCUUACCCAUCUCUUUGCUUGCCGUAAUCCAGAACUUCUUUGCGCUCGUCGACGCCCAACAACCUCAGCAACUUGUGCUAGAACGAGUACUAGACAUCUCCACUGCGAACCUUCCGAAUCCGCCCGCGUUUCGCAUCCCUGCAAGCACCGACCCUCUCUUCGUUACGGUUGCGCUCUGCGCGGCACACGACAACUCUACUCGCUUCUUCCUUACCAAUGACUCCAGCAUAUCCAAUCCUGGAGCCUCGGACGUUGACUCAGUGAACACGGUAGAGAUUGGUAUUCCAGCCGAGGGCUUUGGCUCAUGGUCGUCUUGGUUCACGGACGGAGGAGUGCUCUCCGUGAGCAAAGGGAGCACGACGCUGGAGAUUCAGAUGCUUGUGUCAGCCAGCAACUCGACCGAUAUGGGUUUUCCUCUCGUGGGAGACACGACGUCGAACCAAGCCCUGGUGUUUUCCCCGCCCUUCGAUCCCCCACCUAUCGAUGCACCUACGUUCCCCAACUACACCCUUCCGUCUGCCAACCUGUCGUUCACGCCGCCCGCUUCGCCUCCCAACUACACUCUCAUCCUCGCUCCGACAGCCCAGAGCAAUCUCACUCUGCUACCGCGCACGGCAUGCGCGCUGAGGGCAGCUGCUCCAGCCAACGCUGCGACCCUUAUCCCUCCAUUCGUCGCUGAAGGAGUCUGGCUGCGCGAUUCGGAUGGCUGGAGGUGGCAGUGGCUCCUCAACGCCUUGAGCCCGCUCACGAACUACACCAUGUUCGCGCUCCGAACCGGUGAGCUAGCGAGUUCUGCUCCAGCGUAUUUUGUGACCAAGUCCGCGGCCUUCAACUGCCCCAUCGUACACUCCCUUCCCUUCUGCCCUAGCGUCGCAUACGCCACGCCCCUUGUCCCACCACCAGGCGUCGCAACCGCUCACACAGCAGAUACGCUCCCGGAUGGCGUCGCGGACACCCUCAUAUCCAUCAUGGCCAACUUCACCAUCACGCUCUCCACGCUCGCCUGCGGGCGCGACGUGUACAGCCCACUCGUGACGUGCGCGGGCUGCUCCGACGCCUACCGCCGCUGGCUCUGCGCCGUCUCCUUCCCUCGCUGCUCGGAGACCCAGUCGCAGACCCUCGUGAGCCAGUCCAGCGCGCAGGUCCCGCUGCCCGCGCUGCAGGCGGUGAAGAGCGGUGCCGCGCCGCGCAAUCCCGCGUUGCCGGCGUUCACCUCGGACUACGAGGCGCUGCUGCCCUGUCUGGAGACGUGCAACGCUGCGGACCGGGCGUGCCCGAACUUUUUGGGGUUCAAGUGCCCGCUGCCGCGCUUCACGGCUGCGGACAGCUACGGGGUCGGGUACAUCGAUAAUGGGGACGACGGAGUGAUCGGGCAUGGGUCAACGGGCAUCGCGCAGGACGUAUACGGAAACGUGUGGUGUAAUACUGGGUAGGGUAAUGAGGUUCAAUGGUACGGGACUGACUAUUCUAGGGCUUGGUAGGUUUGGGUAUAGCUUAUAUUGUUAUUGUACUUAUGGACGGCAUGCUGUGGAGUGUUCAGACAUGGAUAUAUGCUAUCGCGCUAUAUUAGAACUGUCAU